AUGACGAACCCGUUCCAUGGUUCUUCGCAUUAUACAGACUCCAACACGCCUAUCACCAGCUCUGAUCUACUCCCACGACGCUUCUCCUACGCCUCGGUCGCUUCUGGAGCACCCCCCACCCUUAACCCACCUUACCUCUCCCAUCCCGGACGGACCUCGGUCAUCUCUCAGAUUCUAAACUCCUCCGACGACAUCACCUUCGAAGCCACCGCGAGCAGCUACGACUCGAACAGGGGCGGCGACAUGGAUGGGGACAGGAACGGCGCCAGCCUCAACGGGGCGUCCGCGCGGUAUUCGCAGGGUCAGCAAGCUCCCUCCUUCUCGAGGGUCUUUGAUAUGUUCAUGUCGGCCCCGGCAGGUGAUUCAUCAGGUGUCGCAAAUGGGCAUGGGAGUGGGUUCUUUGUCCCCUCAUACCUGGCUGGUUCAACGUACGUACAGAGGCUAGAGGAUGCGCACUGGGCGAAGUUGCAGGCGCAGAAAGAGUCUCAGGCAGCCCAGGUGCAGGGUGCUGGAAACCUGACCACGAGCGCCAGCAGCGUCAGUCUUCACGGCAAACCGGCUUCACAUCGCGGCGUGAACUAUGACGUGAUUGAGAAGCCGCCCGCGUUUGAGGAGGACGAGUCGUUUACCCCGCUGCCAACGAGGUGGAACCGAGACGAUAAAUACGGAGCUUUGGACAUUCUGUCGGACGGGUUGGAGGUCAGGUAUAUCGGACCGAGGGGACAAACGGAACGCGACCACGAGGCUUACAGUAUACGGGCCGACUAUCAUAUGCCACCACAAUGCGGUAUCUACUACUUUGAAGUUCAGAUUCUAUCAGGAAAGCGAGACGAUAUGACGAUCGGUAUCGGCUUCUCGGCGAAGACGGUAGCGCUCUCGCGGCCUCCGGGUUGGGAACCGGACUCCUGGGGCUACCACAGCGACGACGGUCACUGUUACGCCGGGCAGAAUGGCGGUAAAGCCUACGGCCCGCCAUUCACCGCGUCGGACGUGAUCGGAUGCGGUAUUAACUUCCGAACGGGCUGUGCCUUUUUCACAAAGAACGGACAUAUUCUCGGCACGGCGUUCCGCGAAAUCGGAAAGGGAAAUAACCUCUACCCCACAGUUGGGCUCAAGAAGUCAGGAGAGCACGUGCGAGUCAACUUUGGCCGAAGCCCCUUUGUUUUUGACAUUGAGGGAAUGAUGACUGCGGAAAAGGCACGAGUUCAAAAAGAAAUCGCCGAGACGAGCACAUUGAGUCUUGCGCCGUCAAUGAACGAAACGGAGCUGAUCCAAGCCCUGCAUGAUGGCUAUGUGGAAACGGCGAGAGCAUUUGCAGAGGAGAUUAACGCCGAGAAAAAGGCGCUGAGUCUCGAUCCGAAUGCCCCCAUCGAGGGAAUUAAUGUCAAAGAUGACGAGCAUGCUAACAAGCGGCAACGCAUCCGAAGAGCUGUGCUGGAGGGCGACAUCGACAGGGCACUUAAGUACACCAACGCUUCGUAUCCCCAGGUUCUCAAAGACAACGAGCAGGUCUACUUCAAAUUACGUUGUCGCAAGUUCAUCGAAAUGGUCCGAUCCGGCGCGGAGCUGAGGGCGGCUGCGGAGGGCAAGAAAAGCAAUGGGCACUCCGGCGGCGUUGACCUUAGUGCUUCAGCGAUGGACCUCGAUGCCAACGGCGCCGAGAAUGGCGCGUGGGACCAGAUGGACACCGAAGAUUCUGAGGGCGGCGCGCCUCUCGGCAUUGACGAACUGGAGCUGGCCACCUUGCAGUACGGCCAGACUCUCCAGGCGGAGUUCAAGAAUGACCCGCGACGAGAGGUAUCGAAACACUUGCAAGACAUCUACUCGUUGCUCGCAUACAGCAAUCCCUUAUUGGAGAAGGAUGUUGCCCAUCUCCUUGACAGGAAAGGUCGCAUAGCAGUAGCAGAGGAACUCAACUCUGCGAUCCUUUUGUCAUUGGGCAAGUCAUCUCGGGCUGCUCUCGAAAAGGUCUACGCUCAAACGAGCGUUCUGCUGGACGACUUGCGAGAAAACGGCGGACCAGGCGCCUUCGUAUCGUUACAGGACGUCAUCGAAGAUAUCCCGAAGUCUCCCUAA